AUGUUAAAUCAAGAAGAAAUUCAUCGUUAUUUUAAUCAUUUAACUGGAGCAAAACGUAUUGAAUUUUUAUAUGGCCUACUGCAUUUAUGUCAACCAUUAGAAUUACGAUAUUUAGGCACAUGUUUAGAAGAAAUAGCACGCAAAGAUUAUGAAUAUUUAUAUCAUGCUGAACAAAAAACAAAUCAUUUAUCAACACCCACUAUUUCAUCAUCAUCAACUUCAUCUGUAUCGAGUAACAAUGAACAAGCUAAUCAACAAACAGAUCUUUUAUCUGAUGAAAAAUUAGAUUUAACUGAUCAAUUUACACGUGCACAUGCUAUUGUUGAUAUUGCUCUGCUCUGGGCAAAAAAUCGUGCGUGUGCUAUUCGAUUAUUUCGUCGUUUAAAAGCUAGUGAAAGUGUUAAACUAGUGGAUAUGCUACUUGAACGUGAUGAUUUGGAUGAACGAGCAAUGGAUGAAAUAUUAAUUAUAUUUUGUUUAGCUGUUAAUCAUCCAGCAUUUAGUUUUGAUAUGCGUACACAAAUGUCACAAAUAUUUAAAGAAUUAGAAAAACGACAAAGAAAAAUGAAAUUAUUACAAACCGUACAUAAUAAUAUAAAUGAUGAUGAUACACUUGAUCAAUCAACAUGUUUAGGUUAUCAUAUUUCAUCAUCAUCAAUGCAUAAUACAAGUACAUUAAGUGUACAUGCAUCACCUCUGUUGACUCGACUAUCUGUUGUGAAUUUUGAUACAGAUUCAACAUCGAUAAGAGUAUUAAUUAGAGCUGAUUGGUCAGAUAAUAAUUCAACUCUUACUUGGAAAACUCCAAAUGAUAUUCGUUCGUUUCAUUUACAAUUGUCGAAUAUUGUUUAUCAUGAUGAUGUACGAUUGGAACGCUUAAUGAAUAUUUCUGGUUAUUUACGUGAUAUUGGUUCAUCUACUGAACCUGAUAUUGAAUUAAUGAGAAAAAAUAUUGAAAUAUAUAUAGCACAUCUCGUCUAUUUUUCAUCAUAUAUAUCAACAAUGUCAACAUUAGCAAAAUUUUUUAAUUCAUCUUUGAAACUUGUUGAUUCGAAACAACGUUUGUUUAAUCCAAAUAAUACUUUUGAUGAUUCCUUAUCAUCAUCAUCACCAUCAUAUUCUAAUGCAAUGACACCACUUCAAUGUGAAGUACCCAUUCAACAACAAACUGAUACAGAUAAUAAAACAUUAUGUUCACCUAAAUUAUCAAUAAGCAUUAAUAAAUCUAAACAACAAUUGGAUGUAGCUAAACAAGCUCGUUCAAUAAUUCCAACACAUAAUGGUACACAAACUAGAUUAGAAGUACGUUGUGAAGAAACUCAAACUGAUCGAAUGCCUGGACCUGGUUUUAUUCUUGCUGAACAUCAAGAUUAUCUUCGAAGAUAUUCAAUGGAUGAGUUAACAAAAUUAACACCAAAUGAUCUUAUUGUUGAUGGACUUGAUUCAACUACAGCUCAUUUACUUUGUGGUGCUUUAGAUGAUUUGAAACCAAUGAGUGUUCACUUAAGUAACAGUAAUAAAACAGUUCGUUCACCAUGUACUUUUAUUCAAAUUCCUCCAUCAUCUUCGUCACCACCAUUACCACCUCUACUUGAUGCUGCUUUAAUGACUGUUGUACAAAAACAACAACAAACAUCUCGUACGCCAUCAUCUAGUUCUGAUCGAAAUCAAGUUGAACAUAUUUUAAUUAAUUUUGGCGGUAUUCGACCAUCUUCCUCAUCAAGUCCAAGUCCAAAAUUACCUAAAACAGGAGCAGGAACAAGUGGAGCUAAUGAUGGCGUACCUCCACCACGGCCACCACCACCUCCUCUUCCUUCCUUACAACCGUCAUCAUCCUCCUCAUCAUCAAAUUGUACAUCCCAAAAUCAACAUCAUGUACCAUUAUUAACUACACAUUCAUUUCUUUAUAAUCCAAUUGAACCUUGUAUAUUUCCAAUAGCUAUCCCACCCGGUUUUCCAUCAGCAUCACCUGAUUUCAUAAGAUUAUUUGCUCCAAAUAUGGCAGCCGUAGCAGCAGCUGCUGCAGCUAAUACAAAUAAUGCAUCAGGUGCUAGUUUUGUUACAAAUUCAAAUGGUCCACAAGGACUUGUACCUAAUUCUCGGUCAACAACACAAUCAAAUAGUACGAAUACACCACCCGAUCAACAUGGACAAAAUCUGCAUCAUCCACUUUCAUCAACAUCAUCAACUGUUGCUCGUCAUCAACAAUCCAAUUAUCGUCAUAGACAACAUUAUCCAACAGAUUCUCAUCAAUUUCAACAAAAUUCAUGUCAUCCCUAUCAUCAUCAACAACGACAAUCACAAACAUCCUAUUCACAACAACAACAACAGCAUAGUCGACCAAAAGCAUGUUAUACUUGUGGUGAUAUUGGUCAUCUAGCGUUUGCCUGUCCUGAACAGUAUUUAUCCGAUUCAAAUUACUCCCAUACUACUAGAGAUGGUUAUAAACUUGAUUAUCGACCAAGACAAAGUACACCAACAAAUCUUCAUCAACAACAAAGACAAAUGCGUUCGAAUUCAAUUACAAAAACUAAACUUCGAGACAACAGUUAA